AUGCCGUGUGGAAGCCGAAGCUGCACCUCCCGCAUGACCCCUCCAGCCAACCGGGCCCCUCAGUUGAGAGUUGCACCCAGGCCAGCACCAGCCGCUCAGCCACCAGCAGCGGCACCCCCAUCUGCAGUUGGCUCUCCUGCUGCUGCGCCCCGUCUGAUGGCCCAGAUGGCAACCACUGCAGCUGGCGUAGCUGUGGGCUCUGCCGUGGGGCACACACUGGGUCACGCCAUUACUGGGGGGUUUAGUGGAGGAAGUAAUGCUGAGCCUGCGAGGCCUGACAUCACUUACCAGGAGCCUCAGGGAACCCAGCUGGCCCAGCAGCAGCAGCGUUGCUUCUAUGAGAUCAAACAGUUUUUGGAGUGUGCCCAGAACCAUGGUGACAUCAAGCUGUGUGAGGGUUUCAAUGAGGUGCUGAAACAGUGCCGACUUGCAAAACGAUUGGCCUAA